CGUCAGGUGACCAUUGAGUCAGCUGAUUGUAGCAGACAGGACAUGGCCGAGCUGAAGGAAUACUAAUGAGGCAGCAGAGCGGAUCAGCAGCAGCCGCCGCUUUCCUGCCCAGGCUGACUGAGGGUUUUUGUAAAAGCGCAACUUGGGCGAAGUAAAUUUCUCCAAGGUAAUCGCUAUGGCAGAACCCAUGGAGAACGGCCCCAGCAAUUGCAAUGGUGAAGCUGAGCAGGUGUGGGAGAGACCCUGGACACUGGAUGAGAUGCGAAAAAACAGCACAAACUGGUCUUUAGCUGCAGAUUCUGGGCUUUUUCUCUACAUGCAAGACUUCUCUCAGUGGAUGUUGUCUAAGACGCAUGAGAUCGAGAAGCAGUUGGAUGGCCUGAUUCGGGACACAAAAGCAACUGAUAGCUGCCUCCACACUGUCUUUAAUGACUUUCUUAUGCUUUCCAAUAUACAAUUUAUAGAAAAUAGGGUUUAUGAUGAAGAAGUUGAGGAGCCUGUUCCCAAAAUAGAGGCUCAGGAGAGACACCCUGAUCAGGAAAAAACACGAGAACAGAAAGAAGCCGAGCUGAUACCUAAAGUCCAGGAGGCAGUGAAUUAUGGUUUGAAGGUCCUGGAAUCUGCCUUUGAGCAACUGGAUGUGAAAGUAGGGAACUCAGACUCUGAGGAUGAGGAGGCAGCCGACAGAGUGGAGCCCAUUCUGGAACCCAAGGAUUUAUACGUAGACAGGCCGCUACCAUACUUGAUUGGAUCUCAGGCUUUUAUGGAACAAGAUGACGUUGGCCUGGGAGAUCUCUCCAGUGAUGACGAAAUGUCCAUCGACAGUGACAGGGAGAGUUUUGUUGAGAGUGAAGUGGAUAAAGAUCAGGAGGAACACUCAGAUGAGGAUUUUGACCAAGAAGGAGAAAGUCAAGGAAGUUUAAAGAAAAAGCCAAUCAGUUCUGAUGAAGAGGAAGAAAAUGAAGAUUCUGACUUAUUUGGAGAAUCUGACAAGGAUGAAGAUGAAGCCAGAAGGGAUGACGUGGGUCCAACAUCUUUUGUUGAUCAGCUGGCUGCAAGAAUUAACGAUACAGUAAAAAAGCCAGAUGCAGACCGUACAUCAUUGUCAUCAGGCACAUCUGUUACCAAAAAGAAAAACCAAGGAAAGAAACCGCCAGAGGCACAGGUGGAAGGCGAUGAUGAGCUGUUCAAGCCUCCAGAAAUGGACGAUGAUGAAUAUUCUCCGUUUGGAGGAAAUGGUGGUCUCUUUAGUGGAGGUAGAGGCCUGUUUGAUGAUGAUGAUGAAGGGGAUCUGUUUUCUGAGGCACCCAAAAAGGAGACGGAGCAAAGAGCAUCCCAGAAAACAGAGCGUGUCAACAAUAAGAGAAUACCCACAGGUGCAGUUUCCAUUUUCCCAGAAAACAAUCUGUUUGGCUCACCAAAUGGUUCAGACUCAUUAGAGAGCAAAGAGAAUGACCGGCCAGUCAAAUCCAAAGUGCAGGCAGCUCGAGAACAGACCUCACUCAGAAGUGGUCUUUUUGAAGACACUGAGGACGAUGAUGACUUUUUCAGUGGGAAGACUCUCAAAAAACCCACGUUUGCUGCACAGGACAAAGCCAAGCCAAAGAAAACAGCAGACCUGUUUGGAGGUGAUGAAGAUGAUGAAGACGGUGACAUUUUUAGUGUGGGUUCUUGCUCUGCUGUUUCUCAGCAGAGCAAGAAAAAUGUUGACGGGGAAGAGGUGGUCCGUGCGCCUGAGAAAAAGUUACCUGCUGGUGCCAUCUCUAUGUUUGGGCCUAGCACAAAUAGUCUUCUUGCAGAAAGCUUGAAGAAACAUCAGCCUUCAACAAGUGAGGAGUCUGAGGAGAGUAUGCCCCCUUCUGUGGCCAAACCAUCAGUUGCUCCUAAAACAAUGAAUAAAGUGCAGAGCAAGAAUCUUUUCUCUGAUGACGAGGACUCCCAAAUAUUCCCUCCUGUGCCAAAAAGUCAGUCAAAACCAGAAGGCCCAGAGCUGCACAAACCAAGCAAGGCUACGAUCUCUAUAUUUGAUGACGACGAUGAGGAGGAGGAGGAAGAGGAUCUGUUUUCCUCUGUGACAAAAUCUCACUCGAUUCAAGUCAAACCAGCAGUGUCCCAACCCAAGAAAGCUUUAUCAAGUGCUCUUUUUAGCGAUGAUGAGGACCAGUGGAUGAGCUCCCAGCCCAGCUCAGCUAAGCCUGGCUUGAAGAGUGGUGGGAUGAAGGCUAGCACCAGUGCCCCCUCCAGGCUACCCAGUGCCAAAGCACCACAGAAAGAUAGCUUGUUUAACGAUGAUGAAGACGACGAUCUCUUUGCAGCCACAAAGGAGUCAAGUCAGAAGAAACCUCAGAGAGUCUCCCUCCUGUUUGAGGAUGAAGAUGAAGACAAAGGUUCACUGUUUGGUUUCAAACCAUCUGCAAACAAAGGAACUCCAGAAGUCAAAGAGGAGACGCAGGAAGUGGUGAAUGUAGCUGAGGAGAAGCCGUCAGACAAGAAGGCUGUGCAGGCAGCAUCUUCCCCUGUGGAGGCGAGCAAGAGUAAAAAGCCUGCUGGAGCGGUUAGCUUGUUUGGAGGAAUUAAUGUGCAGAGAGAUGAAGCCAAAUCCACCCCAAAACACAACAAGAAUGCACUGGAGGACUUUGAUGAUCUUGACUGGCAUAAAGAAGUCCCACCACCUAUGGAGACCAAAGAGAAAAAGGCCACGAAAAGUGCAUUUAGUCUGUUUGAUGAUGAUGAUGAUGAUGAAGAAGAGGAACCAGAUGAGAGACCUCCUCUUUCCACAGCAACCAAGCAUAUGGACAAAAGUACAUUAAAGUCUCAGGAGCCAAAAAGUUUUGUGAAGAGCACAGGUGUGUUUCAGGAUGAAGAGCUUCUCUUCAGCCAGACGCAGCAAAGAGACAACGACCCAGAGGUGGACCUCUUUGCUACCUCGACUAAACCCUCAACACCUGUAUGUAGCUCAGUGAAGCCUGCUGUUUCUACACUGUUUGGGGACGAGGAGGAGGAUGACGACCUGUUCAGCUCUGCAAAGCCAAAGGCCCCUCCGAAAGUACCAGAUAAGCCGAUUAAGGCUAAACAUGAAGAAACUGACAAAGGUUCGAGUACAAUACAACCAGCAAAGAGUGAGAAGCUUGUGAGUCCUGUAAAACCUAAAGAAACUUCAUCAAGGAUUGGAAAACUACAAGCUAGUUUGGCCAUCAACCCUGCCAGCCUCAUGCCAGGGGCAGGUCCACGGGUUCCAGGUGCAGUCAGCAUAAUCCCUGAUCUGGUUCAGUCCUCCUCACCCAGACCUGAAAGUCUGCUGUCAGCUGCUGCUGCCACUGCAGGACUCAGGGUUGCUGCUGAGGGAGGAAUCAGCUUUGACGCACCAGCUCAGGUCACCACACUACAGAAUGCCAAUAAGGACCGUAUUAAAGGCGCAGUGCAACGGCGUCCCCAGACACGUGCAGCGAGACACUUGGCUGCUCAGCGCUCUGAAGAGGCUCACCUGGACAGCCAAGAAGAAAACUCAGCUAUUCAAGCUGCUUCAGCAGCCAGAAUGACUUCAGCACAGUCAGCCUUUAAUCCUAUACCAGCCAGACCCUCUGCUCUCACAUUACCUAUAAGCACUAGCACCACCACAACGCCUGCACAAACACACUCUGAUGGGGCAGUCAGGCCCAAGACUCUCCCUCCUGCUGAGGAGCGCCUGUUUUCUUCCGAGGACCUUUUUGCUUCUGCCUCGGUCCCAAAGCACACCCCUUCACCACAAACCAGGACAAAGACUUCUGAGACUCUAACCCACGAAGCCUCCAAGAAAAAAGAGCCAGCCUUGCCUAUAUUCAAUGACCAUAGUGAGGACCUCUUUACCACAGUCAAGUCAAAGCCGGUGAAGAAAGCUAAGGCUAUGCCUUUCCUUGAUGAUGAUGAUGACAUUUUUGGCACAGAGAAGAAGGAAUCGAAGACGCUUGCCACCUCCAUUAAACCAGACAUUUUCCAGGACGAUGACGUAGCCCCCUCCAAAGUUCUUAAGAAACCUAAAGAACAGCGCUUGGAUGCGAGCCUGUUUGAUGAUGUUGACAUUUUUGCUGAUUUGACUCCUGCAACAAAGCCAAAGGAGAAAAAGGCGAAGAAGAAAGUGGAAACUAAAUCAAUAUUUGAUGAUGACAUGGAUGAUAUUUUCUCAUCUGGAGCCACAAAACCAAUAGGGACCUCGUCUGCAAAGAAGUCAAAGAAGCCUGUCCAGGAAACCAACUCGGCAGAGGAAUCAGGCCAUGAUAUUUUUGAUGAUCCUCUUAAUGUGUUCGGUGGAAACUAAACAUCUGAAAUUUGUACAUUUUGUGUAGAGAUUGUUUGUUUGACCAACAGUCUAGAGCAUACUGAAUUAAUACUGUUGACAGAUAAUUUAUAAAUUCUAGAAAAAACAGCCUUAUGAUGACUAGAUAAUAGUAAAACUAACUUUUAAUGGUAUAUAAAAAACUCCUGUUUGAUCAAUAGCUUGCAUCAAAAACAGAUGAACAGAAAUCUCAAGUAACUUCUAAUGGCAUCUCCUAAUCUCUCAGCAGUAGGGUAAAGCUGCCAUGAAGUAUGUAGAUUAACAGUGUUUUAUUUCUUUGUGUUUAUCAUGCUAAAGCACUUUAAAAUUGACUUUAUCAGUUGGAUGCCAUAUAAAAUCAAAUUGAUUUGAUUGUGAAUGGAAACAUUCCUCUGACAUGGUAAACAUGGUUUGUUUGCAUUAUUUUGCAUCAGCUUGUUGCAUAUGACGGUCAGCAUUGCUUAUCAAAACUAGUGCUCAUUUGUCUUUUUUGAUGCUGUUUUUAUAAAUUUGUGUUGCAUGUAAAAUGAUUUUUGUAAACUAAAGAAAAUAUAUUUUA